UAUGUUUUUAAACUGAUAAUCUGAAUAAGAGGACAAGGUCAAAACACUUCAUAAUCUAAUUGGAUACAUACAAAGAUUUCAUUUCGACUAGAUGGUGCGUUAUCACUUUGCAAUGACGAGUUUUGAAAAGUGUCAUACAAUAUUUGAUUAGUUCUGUUCUAGUGUUAUUGUUAGUGACACUCACCAUGAAGGGUGCAAAAGUGGUAGACUUAAAAGUGUGUGGUGUUUGUGGUGACAAGGCUUUGGGAUACAAUUUUAACGCGAUAACAUGUGAGAGUUGCAAAGCAUUUUUUAGACGCAAUGCUCUCCUUCAAAAACCAUUGAAAUGCCCAUUCAACAACCAAUGUGAUAUUACAACUCUAACUAGAAGGUUUUGUCAGAAAUGUAGACUGGAUAAGUGUUUAUCUAUAGGUAUGUGCAAGGAUUUGAUAAUGUCAGAGCAAGAUAAGGUAGCGAAAAGACAGAAAAUAGAAGAAAACCGUGCCAAAAGAGAGAAUAUGGGGAAACAGAAACAAAAUUUUAAGAGGGUAAAAAGGGAGUACGUAGAACCAGAUUCGCAAAGUUUUGAAAAUCAGUCAAAUACGGAUUCAGAUUCAAAUUAUACAAGUGCAGAUGUAACAUCACCAGCACAGGUUACAAGUGAUUAUACGAAUUUGUCAAUAGAUUCUUUAGAAGACAGUGAGUCACCGAUUGAUAGGUAUAAUUCUUCUGACGACUACACGAAUACAAAUAAUAACACACCGGAACCUAAAAAGGAAGAACAUGUCUCACAGUCGAAAUUAGCCGACAUUACUUGCUCAAAUAGCAAUAUCUCCAGCUCAAUACCACGUACUAAUUUUACGAGUGAUAUAAGUAAUCAUAAUAGCCCCGACAGUUGUAAUACCAGUGUUGAUAUAUCUCAGGUCAUACACGACGUCCACAGUGUUCGAUCAGAGGAAAAUAAUCCAAUAGAAUCAGUUCUGUGCGAAGCGAUAAAACUAGAAUUCCAAGCGUUUUCCUCGAUACCACAGAGUCCUUCGAAUUCCCGAGAGUUAAACGACGCAGAGAGGGCGAAACUCAACGAACUCAUAGUCGCCAACAAAGCCUUCUUGAUGCCGAUCGACGAAGAAUUUGAAAACUUAGCCGGGGUGACCAAAUUUGAAAAUUCUCGACACAAGAUGGACACAACUGCCUUACUCGAUGUUAUCAAUCUGACGACAAUCUACGUUAGGAGGUUAAUAAAGAUGGCGAAGAAAAUCGGAGCUUUCCGAAACAUGUGCCAAGAAGACCAAGUCGCGUUGUUGAAAGGAGGGUGUACGGAAGUGAUGAUGGUCAAAAGUGCAAUAUACUAUGAUACCAAAAUACAAAGUUGGGAGAUUCCACACACGAGCGAAAAAUUCAUGGUAAACUCAAAAAUACUGAAGCUAAUCAAUAAAGGAAACGUAUAUAACGAACACGAAACGUUUAUUAAAACGUUUAGUCCUCUUUGGAAAGGCGAUGAAAAUAUUAUUCUAAUACUAUGUAUGAUUCUUUUGUUUUCGCCAGACAGGCCGAAGGUCGUACAUCAGGAUGUGAUAAAACUAGAACAGAAUGCAUAUUACUACCUUCUGAGAAGGUACCUCGAAAGCAUCUACCCCGGAUGCGAAGCUAAAUCAGUUUUCUUGAAGCUAAUGCAAAAACUUGGUGACGUGAGAAGAGUCAAUGAGGAACUAAUCAGCGUCUACUUAAAUAUCAAUCCUACAGACGUAGAACCCCUAUUGAUUGAAAUAUUUGAUUUGCAUCGUUAGCAAAGAUAUUAUACUAGGUAACAUUUUCUAGAAGAAGUCGAGAUAUUGUUUCAUGUAACUGAAACGGUGAGAUCAUUCCUUUAAACGAAUUUAGUCUAUUAGUUUUGUCAAGUCGAUUGACGUUCAGGCGAUAGGAAGAAAGAGGUUUAUGUAGAAUGCUAGUCAUGUGGAGGACUUCGUCUGUAGAAUUAUUUCGUGAGUCAGUGAAGUUGCAAAGAGGUAAAAUAUCUCAUUUGGCCACCCGUUACAGUCAAAUAAAAUAUUCAUUUGUGCCAUUUUAAUCUAUAUUGAUUUCGUCUGUUACAUUUUCCUUUCAGGAAUCAAAAUUAUCUAUACAAAUUAUGUAGAAUUAUAUUUUAAGUAUUUCAGAAACAUUUUUUACGUUUACUUAUAACAUCCUUUUCAAAAAUUGUUCCUAUGAUCCAAAAAGUCUCAAAAAUCAAUCCAAUAACGUGAAAAUCCCUUCACAAGAAUGGUGUAAAAUAAAUUACACUUCAAUGGCACUAAUACAGCAUAUCAGCGCCAUCUAUAUCUCGGAUCAACAAUUUCAACUUGUUCUUUUGCCAAGGGGAUUACUCCAGUAAUCCCCUUGGCUUUAAGAUGUUGAAGGUUAUGUUUUAUGCUAAGACAAUUUAGUCCUAAAACGAGUUUAAAUCAUAGACGUAUAUAUGAGCAUAUACCGAGCAUGCAGGCAGCGCGUACUGACGACAAAAUCUCUUGAGCUUGUUCGUUCUGUCUCUUUCUAGCACAUUGUGUUGAGUCACUUACGUAUUUAUAUUUCCCUCCACUUAAGGGGUGAAAAUUUUGAAAUUUCCAAUUUUUUAUUAUUUUAAAUGAAAGUACAUGACUUUAAGAACACUCUCUGAAAAUUUCAGUUUGAUAGGAGGAAAAUUACCGGAAAUACAGCAUGUUGAGUAUCCCUACCUUCGACUCACUUUGCAGCAGAUUCGCGCGCUUGAGUGUAGUGAGAAUCGUUCAACAGCUGUUCACCUUCUCUUUUGUAAAUUACUCACCGAUUCAAAAACAUAUUCCCGUGUGCAUCACUUUACGAUUUGACAUACAAAGAAGAAAUUGAAAUUAAACGUUGUCAAAACUGUAAACGCGUUUUUCUCGAAACUGCUUUUUUAAAUGCGGUGGAUAUUGUAACUCAAAAACUACUUGACUGAUCAACCUGAAAUUUUGCAUAGAUUUUCUUUAGACAUUUUUUUAUAAAAAAUUUCGUUAUUUUGACUUCGGAGUGAUACCAAAAAGUCAAAAAUCGUUAAAACUAAAAAACUUUAGCGUUAACCUAAAAAAGCGUUACCUCGAAAAACUCAUAAUAGCUAAUAAAAUCUUUUUUGAUUUUUUGUUUCGCAUGAUCUAAUGACAAGUUCUGAUGCCCACCGUAAAAUCCAUUUUUUUUAGUUGUUUGUAAAAAUUUGCCACCGUUGGCUUAUUUUUCAAUAUUUUGCCUUGCAAUUUUUUUAAUAUUCUUUGAAUAUUAAUUUGUUAAUAGAGUCUUUUUCAUGUGCAUUUUUCAGUGAGUCACAAAUGAUAGAAAAAAAAGUCCGUGAUAAUACACAUUUAUGACAUUUAUUCUAACAUGACAUUUUAGUUAAAUCUGACAGUUGUCAUAUUUUAUUUGUAAUUUGGCAUAAAAACAAAUCAAUUGUGUUUAGUGCAUGGUAUUUUCUUUUAUUUGUUUAGUCUUAUAUAUAUUGUACAGAUUAUUUUCGAGAUAUAUUAUAUAAUUCGUAAAUUUUUUUUUCGAUUAUAGCGCCAUCUAUCGACAACUAGAAUAACUAGAAUAAAUGUUAUAAAUGUCUGUAAUCACAGACGUGAAUUUUUUUCUGUCACACACAAUUUAAUGCGUUAGAAAGAAAUCGAAAAACUGUGACGCACUGAAAAAUGAUCAUGAAAAGGAAUCUAUAAUAAAAUAUGUUUAUUUAAUUUUAAAAUAAAAUAAUUUUACCAUAGUUUCAAAAAACAAUCACAAAAAUGUGUUGGAAAUGUUGAUUUCACACAAUAACCCCCAUCCCUUAAAAGAUACAGUCGUAGCUUUACUAUUUGUAAGAGUGAAACAGAACGAACAACGAAAAAAGGUGGUAUAGUCACUUAGCUCUACAGACUGCUCAGCCUGUGUUAAUAUAUACGUCUAUGGUUUAAAUAUAGUGUACAAAAUGUAGAAUACAUGUCCCAGUUGAUAAUGAUUUUGUAUAUAUUUCUGAGUUGAAAGCUUUAAGUUUGUAAUUACAAAGUAUUUUAUAUAAAAUAUAUUUUGUUGAAUCGUU